UCCAGCCUCCGCCUCUUCCUCCUCUUCUCUUCUUCAACCUAUAAAAAAGUAACUUCUUUCUCUCUUUUACUACAUGAAAUUUCAUGGAUAAUAGAAGUCCAUACUACUGUUAAUAAGGUCGAGAAAACCCACCAGGUACAUUCAUAACUGACAACCACCACCAAAUCCGAUACGAUCGAUUAACCACGAUCUAUCUCAACAACUUCUUUCUCUCUCUUAAUCUGUUUUUAAAGACCCAAAUACUUUAUCAUUUUUUCUCCUCAUAUUCCAUAGGAUAGAGGAGUAGGAAUAGGAAUACCUUCUAUUGUCUCUCCUCUCCUCUCUUCUACCUCUUCUCUUCUCCCUCUUUUAAUAAUUCUUGUGCUUGGACAACCUAGAAGCUUACCUACCUAGUCCGAAAAAGAAAUCCACGCUAUUCUUGACAAGCCAAAAUACCCCAUUCGCUUGACUGCAUCAUUAUUACCUACACUCCAACCAACAUCCACCUCCGAACCUCUUCAGAAAUUCUAAUAAUUUCCCCUCUUCUCAAGGAUCAUCACAACCCAACACACUCAUAACUUUCAAAAAUUAGCUGAUCUGUUACGAUAUACUGUAAUCAUUUUCAGCGAUUGCGAAAGGGAGAGCAGUGGAGGUCUCUUUUUUUUUAAACAAUAACUUUCUAUCCGAGGUGAGACAAAAUGUCCUGACUGCACUUUACAACAACAACAACAAGAACCCAGCCUUUCUUUUUGACACGAUUAAGCUUGGAGCUUUCGCAAUGAACUAAACCACCACAUCACAAUUCAGUCUUUGGCCUGCAACUGUGCAUGACUUUGUAUUCAUGCUAAUCACAUUCCUUUCAAAUAGAAAUUUAUUCUUGACUUGGGUCGAUUCCGGUAUUGAGACCCCAGAUUCAUCAAGAGUCUCCCAGCCUUGACGGACGCACACCUUGGCGCGAUUUUAGAGAUCAAAGGAAGGGGUGUGUUUGGAGAUUUCUAUUUACGUGGUACGUACUUUUAAUUUUCCCCUCCUGAAUUCUUCCAGCGUUGCUCAUUUCUUUAAAUCAUUCAAUGAUUGACCGCAUGGUCGAUUGAGUAAUUGCGCAUUCAUUGUGCGUUGUGUAACCCAAUGCCGAAUCAGACUCAACUUGGCUUGAUCUUCACCUUCAAUUUUCAUUCACCCGGAAUUUAUACUAAUACAUUCUUCUUACUCAGAUAUUCCUCCUAGUAAAUCACACACAGACAACUAUAAAGUUCAAUAAAAUCGAUAUCCAUUUGGUUGUAAGUUGUUGAACAUGGUACAACAAGGAAAAAAGGGUAACGACCUUGCCAACGGCGGCACAAAGUAUAGAGAGCAAUCAGCAACCAUGACCUCGCAAAGAAGAGAUGUGGGAGAUGCUCGAGGAAAUGGUAUGGGAAAGGCGGAUGGCAGAUCGCAAAAUGGUUCGUCACUCUAUACCCAACCAAUGACAUCACAAAAUCUAACCUUUUCAGGCAACUCAAGUUUCUUUCGUACAGAUGCUGCGAUUUCCGGCAACCGAAACCAAGGAGAGCGUGUAUUGCAAAAAUGGGUUCCUGAUAAACCCUCUGAUACCGAUGGCUCCUUGGAAGGAGGUCGAGGAGGAAGAGUUGCUCCUUGGGAUCAGUUUGCAGAGAAUGAGCGACGAUUCGGCUUGAAGACAGAUUAUGAUGAGAACAUUUACACAACUCAGAUCAACACAAACCAUCCGCAUUACGCGCAGAGACUUGCCGAAGCAGAUAGGAAGGCUAGAGAAAUUGAACGUAGCACAGCCAUGAACUCUCAUGUUGCAGAGGAACGCAUUGCGGAUCACAUCGGGUCGAAUGAAAAUGGACUUGACGAAGAAGACAAGUAAGUUUUUUGGGGGGAUUCUUUUAUCUUACAAACAAUGCUAAUACUUAGGUAGAUACAGUGGUGUUCGCAGACAACAGGAUUUCCCACCCCUUACCUCGUCGAAAGGUGCAUAUCAACCACCUGGAAAGCGUGCUCCUGUCGAUCGAACUCCUGUUGAACGUGCUCCUGUUGUUGAUCGUGCACCCGCAGCUGCCGCAGUUGCUGCACCCGCGGAUCGUGGCCUUGUUGAUUCGGCCAUCAUGUUUGCUGGUGCGAAAGCCGAUAAACCCGCAGAUAAGGUAAAACCAGCUGCAGCUCCAGCUCCGAAGUCAGCAAAAACAGAGGUGGCUACUCCACCUACUACCACCGAGUCGAGCACCACUCCUACUCCCGAGCUUAAGGUGUCUGCGGCUCCUUCUGCAAGUCGCACAGCCUCCCCGCAGGUCAAGACUACUGGUGGACCCAAUGCUACGGCAACUGUUGAGGCCGAUGUAUCUAAGGCUUUCAGGACCUUUGCUGCUAAUCAGCGAAACAAUAUUCAGCAAAUUCGCAUGAAUAAAGCCAAAAAUGACAAGCAAAUCAAACUCAAUGACUUGAAGAGAUUUGCGAUCGAUUUCAAGUUGAACACUCCAGUUCCAUCAGAUCUUGUUCCUAUCAUUGCCAAGGAUCCUGCGAAGCAAAAAGCAAUCCAGGAGAAAGCACAACGCAAUGCUGAAGAAGCGAAGCUGCAUCCUGCUGAUUCGGUCAAGCCAAUUACACCAGCUACUGAUGGGAACGCUGCACAACAUUCAGCUACUACAACCACUCCCCAUACUACAUCACCACCGGCCGCUACACCUAGUCGCCAAAAUGUUAAUCGUGGUCCUUAUCCUCAAGGUAGUCACAGUUUUACGCAAAAUUCUCGAGGCGAUAGACCUGUUCAAGCGCAGCAGACCAUGCCCCGAAGCGGCACAGCCGGAAAUUUGGCCCAACGAUUAAGAACCCUCGAACAGAAUAGGCCCUCUCAAGUACCAUCGAAUGUGAUGCCAGCUCAUGAGGCUAGACUUCCUCCCACCGGCCCCUCGAACGCCGUUGACCCGAACUUCUCCCGUCGCUCAAGUGGUGUAGCAAGUGCUCAAGGUGGUCCAAGAUUGAACGCCAGCGUCAGCGAAUUUCGCCCAAAUGCAUUUGCAAAAGACUUUAGUCCGGCUGGUAACCCAAGCAGUGGUUCAAGUCCUCGUUCAAUGGCCAACGCCCCAGAGGCUCAAUCUACAACACCCGUCGCACGUUCUUUGAUUCGUCGUAAGCCAUUGGCAAAGAGUGCUCGCCCUUCACUCCAAGGUAAAUAUGAUGCAAUGGAGCUCAUUAAGACUCUCAAGCCAGGUGAUGGAAAGAACUGGAGCGCAAAUGGUGGUUUAAAGCCAGCCUACGAUACCCAUUUGUUAUGGAAGCUGAGUGCCAACGGUGCUCCUACGGAGUCUUACGUCCAAAUCUUCGAAAAGGCACCAUUCCCUACUACAACACCAGUUGUAUCAGAGCCUCACCCACCACAGGCAGCUCCACAAGUACCACAUCAACAUCAAUUACCAUUCCACCUUCAAUCUGGUGUGCACAACAUUAAUGCUAGGCAAUCCCCACGUCAACCGCCAAUCAACAUGCAUGGAGCUCAAAUGGGACACCCCACACCAACUUUCAGUGGUCCUGAUGAAAUGCGCAUGAUGCCAUCGCACUCUGCACAAUCUUUCUCAUCUCCAAGAAUGCAACAACUACCAAUGGCAUUCCAUUCUCCAAUGGGUGCAAAUGCUCAAUUAGCCUAUAACCCACAGAUGGUACCUUACCCAGGUGCACCUCAAAUGCAACCAUUCAGAUCCCUUUCUCAAAGCCAUCAAUUCAUGCCACAGCAGGGUCAUAUGGGUCAACCAGUUAUGAUGCCUAACCCAGCAGGUGGGUUUUUGCCUCCACAAGGAAUGGCACCCGGUCCACAAAUGAUGUACCCACCUGGUGCGCAAGGUCAAUUUAUGCCACCAAAUAAUGGUCAUCCUCCAGCUAUGCCAAAUGGCGGUUAUCCAAGUCCUGGUCGAGGUGCUCCAAUGAUGAUGAAUCAAGGUUCUCAGCAAGGUCAUCCACAACCUAUGUAUGGUAUGAGUCCAGGUCCUCAAUACGGCAAUGUAGCACCGGUUUUCCCUCAACCAAUUCCAAAUCAAAGUAAGUUCAAUAUUCCAGAAAAUGUUGCAAUGGAUUCUAAUACAACAAUAGUGCCAAUGCGAGGUAGUUAUGGAGGACCAAACCCAUACGCUACAAGCCCUCAAAAUCUUCAAGGAGGCCCAAGAAAUCAAUAUAACCCAAAUUCAUCGGAUUACAUUAACAAACCAAACUACCGACAUAGUCAACACUCACAUGGCCCACCAAACAAUCAAGUUCCAACUGGUCCUCAAGCUCAAGCUACCGUUGGAGCUGAUGAGAGUAAAUGAGCUAAAAUGCUCUGACUUUCGAAAAUAUAUUCAUCACGUCGAUGCUUCAGCAUCAUGCAUUUUGAUAAAAUGGAGGAGAACAGCAUCAAGUCUAUGAUCUUUUAUUGUCGCAUCUUUAGAGUGAUUGCAUCAAUAUAGUUCAUCGGACCUUAUUUGGAUCAUUGACAUCGAUAAUCCAGAGAUCAAAGCAAUUGGAUCCAUUUCACCAAUUUGAUCUCAAAUCAAUGGUGGUUAGUUGGUACAAAUUUAUUUUUUGCUUAGCUGUCUGAUAUGGAGGAAUUUAUACUGCCGUUGAGAUGUAUAUCUGAUAUUUGUAUCAGAAGAUUGGCCCGGAAGGAUGGAUUCGACUCGACUGCUAUCAAGCUUAUUGGGGGAUCUGCAACCCAACUGUACAGCGGGGUGGAAGGGAGGAAACCAUUGCAGGAUUGUUUUCUUCAAGUAGAAACAUUCAUCAAGCAUAUGGUAAGCUGGCCAGACUAGCAGAUGCGAUAUUCCAUCAAUUAGAGAGGCUUGAUAAAAUGUAUUCAUUAAUAUGAUGGAGGAAUGAAUUGGCAAAGGCUUUUAGCUGACGGGUAGAAGAUGAUCCUUUUCUAUCCAUCACUUUUAUGUAUCCUACAUAGCUUUAGGUCUAUAAGCGUAAGAAUCUUUCCAUCAUAUGGUUUCUGUCUUUGGAUGUGAAUCGAUGCGGCGUUCUUG